AUGAGCGGCACUGCUACAGCACCACCCACGUCGACGGGCUCGUCGAAGCUCGACAGCAUCAAGCAGAACGUCGAGGCUGCUGCUGAGCCCAAGAAGCUGUCUGGCGUCGCCCUAUACUCGCGCUUCGCUUUCGCCGGGGCCGUCUGUUGUUCCGUUACCCACGGAGGCCUCACACCAGUCGAUGUCGUCAAGACCCGUAUCCAGCUCGAUCCAGCCACCUACAACCGCGGUCUCAUCGGUGGUUUCCGCCAAGUCAUCAAGAAUGAGGGCGCCGGCGCGCUCUGGACCGGUGUUGGUCCAACCUUCGCUGGUUACUUCCUCCAGGGUGCAUUCAAGUUCGGUGGUUACGAGUUUUUCAAGCAGCAGUCGAUCAACAUGCUCGGCUACGAGACUGCCUCCAACAACCGCACUGCCGUCUACCUUGGUUCCUCGGCCCUCGCCGAGUUCUUCGCCGACAUUGCCCUGUGCCCUCUAGAGGCUACCCGUAUUCGCAUGGUCUCUGAGCCAGGCUUUGCCAAUGGACUUGCCCAGGGUUUCGGCAAGAUUGCCAGCCAAGAGGGUAUUGGUGGUUUCUACUCUGGUUUCGGACCAAUCCUGUUCAAGCAGGUUCCAUACACCAUGGCCAAGUUCGUUGUGUACGAGAAGGUCUCGGAGGCUGCCUACGCAAACUUCUUCGACAAGAACAACACCAGUGCCGGCAUUCAAACCGUCAUCAACCUUGGUUCCGGUCUUAUCGCUGGUUUCGCUGCCGCCAUCGUUUCCCAGCCAGCCGACACCAUGCUUUCGAAAAUCAACAAGACCAAGGGUCUUCCAGGAGAGGGCACCACUAGCCGUCUGAUCAAGAUCGCCAAGGAGCUUGGUAUCCGUGGCUCAUACGGCGGUAUCGGUGCUCGUCUUUUCAUGGUUGGAACUCUCACUGCCGGUCAAUUCGCCAUCUACGGCGACAUCAAGAAGGCUAUCGGUGCCGUUGGUGGUGUAGAGAUUGCCAAAUAG